UAUGUAAAGAGCAUUGGCGCGUGUCACUUUCCAGUGCAAAGAUAGAGAAGAACCAGAUAUGAACAGAGCUACUAAAACCCACAUGACCUCACCCAUGUUCUUCCCCGGCAUGGGUAUGGCCCCAUUCUUCAAGGUCACCGUGUUCGAGCAGGAGCACUUCCAGGGCAAGUGCCAGGAGUUCACCUCCGAGUGCUGCAACAUCCAUGACUGUGGCAUGGACUACAUCCGCUCCAUCAGAGUGGAGAGUGGAGCCUGGGUGGGCUUCGAGCACCAUGACUUCCAGGGCCAGCAGUUCAUCCUGGAGAGGGGAGAGUACCCCCACUGGGACGCCUACAGCGGCUCCCUGUCCUACCACGUGGAGCGCCUCAUGUCCCUGCGCCCCAUCUACUGCGCCUCCCACCAGAGCAGCCGCAUGAUGAUCUUCGAGAGGGAGAACUUCAUGGGCCGCAGCGUGGAGCUGUGCGAUGACUACCCUUCCCUGCAGGCCAUGGGCUGGUGCAUGCCCGAAGUGGGCUCCAUGCACGUGCAGUGUGGCGCCUUUGUGUGCUACCAGUACCCUGGCUAUAGGGGGCAGCAGUACAUCAUGGAGUGUGAGAGGCACAGCGGAGACUACCAGCACUGGAAGAACUGGGGCUCUCACUGCCAGACCCCCCAGAUCCAGUCCAUCCGCCGUAUUCACCACUAAGACCGGGACCGGACCAGAUAUACGGAGCCGGGCCUAACCCAGGCCUGGGCCGGCGUCUGAAACCACAUCCACCCUAGUCAGUCAGCAUUUACUCAGUUACCCACCCACCUCAGUCCCGUUCAGGCACACAUUGACUUUACAACAUCCAAACACUCAGUUGAUCCUCUGUAAACACUCAACACUUAGGGUGUUUCUAUGAAGGUCAGAACUUGAGUCAGCUUAAGAACAUCGGCAGCAUGAUACAGCUCAUUUCAGUAACACACUAUGUGUGUGUGUGUGCAAGAGAAAGUGUGUGUAAAGGGUUGUUAGUGUAGCAGUCCUUUAGAAAGGUGUGUAUCAGAUCUAAAUCAGGGACAUUGGGUCACUAAGUACACUGACAGCAAUAACCAAAGGUAAUGAGAAGGUGGGGGAGAGAGGGGAGGACGAGUAGAGAGAUAGAGAGUACCUCUGAACAAUAAACUCAUGCU